CAUGUUGAUUUUUGACAUCUAUUCACGAUUUCCCUAUUCAUCGAAAAAGGCUAAUUUUAAUUUAAAAGAAAAAUAGAAGAACUCUUGCUCAAUUCCAUAUAGUCUCUCAAUAGUAUUGUUCUAUAGUAAAGAAUACGUACUUCCUUUUAUUUGUGUGAUUAACCUAUACACCACCAGUUGUAAUUUCCUGAAGGAUAUUUGAAAGAGAAACGUGCAUUGCCUUUUCCAUUGUGGCAACUCUAUUGUUCCUUUAUAUAAAAAAAUGAGUAAAAAAAGGCACCAAAGGGACCCCACGAACGGUGACGAGUCCUCAGAAUCCGGAGAUGAAAACCAGAACAACGCGGAAUGCAGUCACAUCAACAAGGCUGUAGAUUUACCUCGCCUAAAAAAAACCUUACUAAAAUCUGGCUUUCUAACUGAAUGUGAGGAGUGCAAAAAGGUCCCAGCCGAUCCAGAGAUAGAUGAGUCGGAAUUUGAGGUCGACUUAUCCCUCUGGCUAUGCUUGAAGUGUGGUAACCAAAGUUGCGGGAGAAGUAAGAACAUGCAUGCUCUCCACCACUAUGAAACUCCACGUUCCGAUUGUCAUGCUAUGUGUGUAAAUACGACCAUUUGGAGUAUAUGGUGCUACGGCUGUGAUAAUGAGAUUAAUAUUUCUUGCAAAAAAAAAUUGCUGGAAGCCGUCGAGUAUUUAAAAAAACAUUCUGAGUCGAAUCGAAUGAAGCAGGUUGCUAAUACAAAUACAGUAAUUAAUAAGUUCCAAUCGGUAAUUUCUACACUGCCAGAAACUCUUAUUACUAAUACCAGUAGUACAGGUGCAUUACCUAAAACAAUCAUCCCGUCAACAACAGACCUGCCGAGGGCAAGAGGCUUGGCCAAUUUAGGAAAUACAUGUUUUUUCAAUUCAGUUAUGCAAUGCUUAGGACAAACUCCCUAUUUGGUAAAAUUACUGGACGAAACUGCGGAAUCUGGACAGCAUUUCUCUUUGCCUGGUGGUUCUUUGAAACUCAAGGAUAAGGAGGAAGAAAUUUCAUUACCUGCUUUAGAAGGUGAAACAGAAAGGUGGCGCCCAUUAACUCAAACUCUAGCGGAAACUUUACAUGAGCUUCAAAGUGGUAGACCUGAAGUUUACAUUCCUAGAAAUCUGCUUCAAAAAUUAACAUGUAGAAUGCCACAAUUCGGUGGUGGUGACCAGCACGAUUCUCAUGAACUUUUACGGCACUUAUUAGAGGCAGUGAGAGAGGAAGACCAACGGAGAUUCAAGGCGGUCAUUUUAGAAAAAUUGGUGGGAUCAAAAAAAAUCGACCCGGCAACCGUUGAGGAAGAGAAAAAACAAGUAGUCAAAUUUUACGGUCAACAGGUUUCGGAAAUGUUACUGGCCACAGAACAAGUUUUCAGGGGAGCUCUCGUUAGUACCCUUCAGUGCCAAAUUUGCGAUCACAUGUCCCACAGGGAGGAAAAAUUCCUAGAUUUAAGUUUGCCGAUUUGUGACAAACAAGUCGCCCCAAUUUUAAGGAGGAAAGCCGAAGAUAGCGAAGAUAACAAGCCGUCGAAGCAUCAAAUUAAGAAGGAAAAGAGGGCGGAAAGGAAAAGAAACAAAAGUAAACUGAUAAACCACGCUAAAGUGGUUAACAAAUUAGAUAAUAGCAGUAAUGAUAUUUCUAUGGAAAAGAAGUCUGAUAAUGAAGAGUCCGAUGCAGACGUUGAGGACAAUGUAGAGGACUCUUGUCCACCAAACGUGAUAGCCCUUCCGGCACCCGGCGAAGAUUUCACGCGAAAAGGCACCGAAUCUGGCUACAACUCCGACAAAGUAGAUAACGGUAGUUCAGACUCGAACCGCAUUAACUCUCCGACCGAAAUAAACGUAGAUGAUAGCGGUAUCCCCAGUCCUAGUGCGGUAACGGGCGGCAAUGUGGGGCCCAAUAGUCCCGCUUCCAGUGAGGCUAAUGUCGACAUGGGUAGUCCCUUGUUUGGUACCAGUACUAAUAGUCCCGAUGAGGAGUUUGGAGAUGGAACCAGCACUUUUCCGCGUCCAAUGUCAAGGCUCGCAUUUGUGGAGAAUAACAACAACAAAAACAUCGAUCUAAAAGUAGAUUUGGAGAAGCUUAGUCUAUUGAACGAUGGAGAUUCUAGUAAAGUUAAUUCCGUGUUUGAACCGGAUCAGUUGAUAGAGGGCGCAUGUGCAAUGGAAACGACCAACAGUGAAAUGAUGGACCAAGACGAGGACUACAUUGAAAACGAUUCAACGUACAACGGUACCUUAGCACCGCGAUACCAAUGCGAAGAAGGCGAAUGCUCGGUCGAGUCCUGCCUAAACCAGUUCACCGAGUGCGAACUAUUAAUGGGUAGCAACAAAGUCGGCUGCGACUUGUGCACGAAACGAAGCGGCAACAAAAAAACCAUUUACACGGACGCCUCCAAACAACUGCUCAUCUACAAUCCGCCUGCGGUGUUAAUUUUACACCUCAAGAGGUUCCAAGUGUGUCGGUUUCGUUCCGCUAAAAUGUCGAAAUUCGUCAAAUUCUCAACCGAAUUGGACCUGGGCCCGUUUUGUUCGAAACGUUCUCAGAACUUACCGACGAUUCAACACGGUCAAACCAAAGUGCUCUAUUCGCUUUACGGUAUCGUGGAGCACAGCGGAUCGAUACAUGGGGGCCAUUACGUGGCUUACGUGAAAGUAAGGAAACCCCUUGAGGAGAACAGCUAUAGAUGGCAAUUUUUACCGAAGAACCAAAAAGAGAAAAUUCAAGAGUUAGGUGAGGUCGAGGCACCCCAAGGGAAAUGGUACUACAUCAGCGACUCGUAUGUAUCUGAAGUACCCGAAUCGAAGGUGCUUAACGCUCAAGCGUACUUGUUGUUUUAUGAAAGAUUGACGUAAACCACUUGAGGUUCUCUAUUAAUUUGAUAGGGUAUAAAAUAAGUUUGGGAAAACUCUUGAAAUUAUUUUCGAUUUUAAAUAAACGUUCUGAUUAAGGUUAUUAGAAACUACUGUGGUUAUAAUAUCGUUCUAAAUACCUUAUUUUUAAUUUGGCAAUUAUUCCUCAACACUCCCCAUCCUAAGAGUAUUUAUGUGGCGUAUAUACCGUACUAGUUAAUAGAUUUUCUUAAGAUGUUAACAAAUUAAGACACUGCCUAAUUAAAGUUCAGAAAAUAAUUUUGAGGCUUUUCUUAAGACCUUCUUGAAUUGAACGUUUGUAAAUUAAACAUAAAUUUUGCCACCGAACACUUAUUGUGAGACUUUUUUGAAAUUUGGUGCUUAGGAAGUGAAAAGCUUCAAAUAUGCAUCGGGGAUACUAUAUAAACCUAUUAGAUGAAUUACAUCCGGCAUUCAACAUGUUUUUCUGGCACCAAAUUCCAAAAGGGCAAUUAUUACUUACUCUAGCGGAACUUAUUAAAAUUGUAUCGCAAUCCUGUAAUUUAUAUUGAAAAAAAAUUAUUACUUUUUAUUAACAAUUUUUACUGUGUUUAAUUUAUUAAGCUCUAUUUAUAAAUAUAAUGGUAAUUUUAAA